AUGGCCGGAGCAGCUCCCAGCGACCAAGCUCUUUCUCUCCUCGCCACGGUCAACAAUCAUGGCGAUUUGGCCGUCAAGCUCUCGUCUUUAAAGCAGGCCAAAGAUAUCUUAUUAUCCAUCCAUCCAUCUGUGGCUGCCGAGCUCUUCCCCUACCUGAUCGAGCUCCAGUCCUCCCCCGAAACCCUUGUCCGGUUAUCUCUCAUCGAGGUCGUUGAGGAGAUUGGAUUGAAAGCAAUGGAGGAAUCUUCUGUACUAAUGUCUGUCUUAUUGGAAUUUUUGAAGGACAAUGACUCUAUUGUUGCACGGCAAUCUAUAGUUAGUGGAACAAAUUUCUUUGUUAGUGUCUUGGAGGAGAUGACAUUGCAGUUUCACCGGCGAGGUAAAGUCGAGAUAUGGCUUGAAGAACUUUGGUUGUGGAUGGCCAAGUUUAAGGAUGCGGUUUUCACUAUUGCAUUAGAGCCUGGUUCUGUAGGGACGAAGUUGCUUGCAUUGAAAUUCUUGGAAACAUAUGUUUUGCUAUUCACUUCUGACGCCAAUGGCUCUGAAAAACCUGUUGUAGAAGAUACAACAGCAAGUAAAAGGGCUUUUAAUGUUUCGUGGCUGGUUGGUGGACACCCUAUUCUUGACCCAUAUAUACUCAUGUCAGAAGCAAAUAGGACUGUUGGCAUUCUAUUAAAUUUGUUGCGGUCGGCUGGUAGCCUCCCUGGUUGCGUGACAAUUGCCAUUGUAAAUUGUCUUGCAGCCAUAGCAAGGAAGAGGCCGGUUCAUUACAAUACCAUUCUUUCUGCACUAUUAGAUUUUGAUCCAAACUUUGAGAUUGUGAAAGGACGCCAUGCUUCCAGCAUCCAGUAUUCUUUAAGAACUGCAUUCUUGGGAUUCCUAAGGUGCACUAACCUAGUCAUUGUAGAGUCAAGAGAUAGACUGCUUAGAGCUCUACGAGCUAUGAAUGCUGGUGAUGCGGCUGAUCAAGUGAUCCGUCAAGUUGAAAAAAUGUUAAGAAAUGCUGAGCGUGUUUCACGUGAUGCUCGGUUGGGCAAGGAUGAUCAACAAUCAAGCCAGUUGCCUGUUUCCGGGGACCUGCUAAAGAGAAGACUUACUCCUCUGGAUACUGAGGAGGCAUCUAAUAAUCAUGAGAUGCCUUCCAAGCGAAUUCGUUAUGGUCCUGACUCCUAUUCAACUUUGCCAGUUCAAAUGAAUGCUUCUGGGCGGGACACCACUUCUGUCAAUGGAGUGUCCUCUGACCUUCCUGUAUUAGAUGGUGAGUUGACCCCUGUGGAGCAAAUGAUUGCUGUAAUCGGCGCUUUGCUUGGUGAGGGAGAAAGAGGUGGUGAAUCACUUGAAAUUCUUAUUUCAAAUAUCCAUCCCGAUCUGUUGGCUGAUAUUGUUAUAACUAAUAUGAGGCACUUGCCUAAGAUACCCCCACCCUUGACAAGGCUCGGGAAUUUUCCAGUUCCACGGCAGAUAGGUUCUUUAAGUAGUUCAGCACAAGUUGUUGCAGGCUCCCCAACAUCUUCUGUGCAGUCUCCAGUUCUCACUGAACAAGUGCCUUUCUCUUCAGCAACUGUAACCAGUUUAACAGUUUCUGAUGCGUCCAAUGUGAAUAGCCUUCCCACUGAUUCCAAGCGAGAUCCGCGAAGGGAUCCUCGUCGCUUGGAUCCACGAAGUGCAGCAGCUUCUGCUGGACUGGCAUCCACACCCAUGGAAGAUACUACUGCUAUGCAGUCUGACUUUGAUGGCUCAAUGUCUUUAAAUAAGCUUAAUCUGCUCCCCAAUGUGACCACUGUCGAAACUCCUUUAGCAACUCCCAUGCUCCAAACAGAAAGUGAUGAAAAGACUUUUGAUAGCCAAUUGGUUUCUGGAAGUGGCCAACUAACUCUUAAGGAGGAGGUUCUGGAUGGACCUGUUGAAAUUGACCCUGCUUCGAAGCUCGGUUUAUCUUCCGAUCUCACAGAUUCUCCCGUGCAAACAGUUGAUGAGGACCUGAUUGCAACGAAGCUUUCAGAUAUUGAAGGGAAAGAUGAGGAUGAGGACCUUGAUACCUCAUCCUUUUUAGAAUCUGAUCAGCAUUCUCCAGUUCUUUCAAACACAUCUGCAUCCGAAGAUACUUAUCAAGAUUUUCCUCAGCUUCCUAUUUAUGUUGAGCUGACCCAAGAACAGGAACGAAGCGUGGGAAAAUUAGCAAUUGAACGAAUUAUUGAGUCAUACAAGUAUUUGCAUGGUGCAGAUUACAGUCAGAUGCGCUUGGCAUUACUUGCUCGAUUGGUUGCUCAGAUUGAUGCGGAUGAUGAAAUUGUUGUACUGCUGCAUAAGCAUAUCCUUGUGGAUACCAACAGCAAAAGGUAUCUAUUGCUUGAAAUUGCAGAUACUGAUCUUCUUCAGUAUUACCAGCCAUUCACUUUGGGCCAUGAGCUAGUAUUGCAUGUCUUGUACCAUCUGCAUGCUUUGACGAUAUCUGAUUCAGUUGAAAGCUGUUCAUUUGCUACUGCUGUAUAUGAGAAGUUCCUCUUGGAAGUGGCUAAGUCUUUGCUGGAGUCCUUUCCAGCCUCAGACAAGUCGUUUAGUAGACUUCUUGAUAUUCGUGACGUUGAGCGUGUCACUCAGGGCCUUGGUGCUGUUUGGAGUUUAAUUUUGGGGAGGCCACAUUAUCGACAAAGCUGCUUAGACAUCACUUUGAAGUGUGCUGUUCAUUCACAAGAUGAGAUCAGAGCCAAAGCUAUCCGGCUGGUGGCAAACAAACUUUACCAGUUGAGUUACGUAUCAGAAAUUAUUGAGAAAUUUGCUACAAAUAUGUUGCUGUCUGCUGUUGAACAAUCUCCAUCUGGUACAGAGCAUGCACAAUCGGGGGCCCACUGGGCAAAGAGCAGAACGGAUGGUAUGCUUCUUUCAGUUGCUAAACCUAUUCUUAUUCAACUUGUAUUUAAUACUUAUGGACAUGCCCCGAAAGCUGUAAAGCAGGCUUUUCAUCGCCAUAUUCCCAUUCUUAUAAGGGCCUUAGGGUCAUCUUAUUCCGAAUUGUUAAAUAUUAUAUCUGAUCCACCACAAGGAAGUGAGAAUCUUUUGAUGCUGGUUCUGCAAAUAUUGACCCAGGAGACAUCGCCUUCGUCUGAUCUGAUAGCCACCGUUAAGCAUUUGUAUGAAACUAAAUUAAAGGAUGUCACAAUUCUCAUUCCAAUGCUGUCUGCACUUUCUAAAAAUGAGGUUUUACCUAUAUUCCCUCGGCUUGUCGCUCUUCCAUUAGAAAAAUUCCAGACAGCACUUGCUCACAUACUACAGGGCUCAGCUCAUACAGGUCCAGCUUUAACACCCACGGAAGUUUUGGUUUCCAUCCAUGGAAUUGUUCCCGAGAAAGAUGGUCUCGCACUUAAGAAGAUAACAGAUGCUUGCUCAGCUUGUUUUGAGCAACGCACAGUUUUCACACAGCAAGUCUUGGCAAAGGCCCUGAAUCAGAUGGUUGAUCAAACUCCUCUUCCUCUUCUCUUUAUGCGGACAGUUAUUCAGGCAAUUGAUGCUUUUCCUUCACUGGUUGAUUUUGUAAUGGAAAUACUUUCCAAACUUGUGAGUAAACAGGUGUGGAGAAUGCCAAAACUGUGGGUUGGCUUCUUGAAAUGUGCAUCUCAGACACAGCCACAUUCUUUCCGUGUAUUGUUACAGUUACCACCCCCACAACUUGAAAGUGCUUUGAACAAAUAUGCGAACCUCAGAGGUCCCAUUGCUGCUUAUGCUAGCCAGCCUAGUGUAAAAGCUUCACUCCCUAGACCGACCCUUGCAAUUCUUGGUCUUGCAAAUGAAACACAUUUACAGCAACCGCAUUUGCCAUCAUCGUUUCACCCUACAGACACGAAUUCAUCAGUUCAUGGAGCAACUCCGACGUGA